GGCACCUGUCAAAUCAUUAGCAAAGCGCACGCCUCCUAGUCAACACAACCUAUUACUUUCUCUGCUAUCCUAGUACUUCUAUUUACAGUAACGCCCCAGUUUUAUUUUAUUUUUUACUGUGAGUGCAAUUUUAGUGAAGUGUGUUAGUUUUAUUUUUAUCGGAGUAUUAUUUUUUAUAAGCUACAGCAAUGCAGAACGUCCGUGUUUGCGUGAUCGGCGCCGGAGCGGCGGGGCUGUGCGCGGCUCGCCACCUCCUGGUAGAACCUGGGGUGAGCCGGGUGGAUGUUCUAGAACAGUCCGACAAGCUGGGAGGCACCUGGGUCUACACUGAGAGCACUGGCUACGACGACUUCGGCCUGCCUAUACACACCAGCAUGUACAAGAGCUUGAGAACAAACCUGCCUAAAGAGAUCAUGGGGUUCCCUGACUUCCCGGUGCCUCCCAGCGAGAAGUCGUACCUCCCGGCCAAGGACAUGCUCGCCUUCCUGCAGCUGUAUUCCGACAAACAUGGCGUCACGGAACACAUACAGUUCAAAUGCCACGUUCAGAUGGUGAUCCCUAAGACGGGUCCUAAAGGGGAACUCUGGGACAUCACGUACAAGAACAUGGAGACAGGAGUCUCGGAGACUAGGGAAUAUGACUACGUCUUCGUCUGCAAUGGCCACUAUAACACGCCUUUCAUCCCUGAUAUCAAGGGGCUGAAGGAAUAUCAAGGUGACGUAAUGCACAGCCACGACUACAGGGUACCGGAAAUCUUUGCUGGCAAGAAGGUUCUGGUCAUCGGAGCAGGUCCUUCGGGCAUGGACAUCGCUUUGGAGAUCACCAGCGUGUCACCAAAGGUCAUCCUCUCUCACCACCUCAAGGAGAAGCCUAAGACGGUGUUUCCUGACAACCUGGUACAAAAGCCUGAUGUGGUGGAACUGAAGGGCAGGACGGCUGUGUUUGAAGAUGGUUGUGAAGAGGAAGUUGAUGUGGUCUUCCUUUGCACUGGGUACCAGUACAACUUCCCGUUCCUGCACCCCACCUGCGGCAUCGCGGUGGAGGAGAACUGCGUGGAGCCACUCUACAAGCACCAGGUCAACAUACACCACCCGACCAUGUGCUUCAUCGGCGUGCCGUACUAUGUGUGCGCGUUCUCUAUGUUCGAUUUACAGGUCCGCUACUACGUGCGCUCAAUGAACGGUAGCUUCCGCCUACCCUCCAAGGAACAGAUGUUCGUGCACUGGGAGGAAGAGAAGAGCGACCGCGCCGCCCGGGGGUACACUAAGAGGCAGGCGCACAUGAUGGGACCUGACCAGGAGAAAUACUACGCCUCCUUAGCUGAAGAAGCGAACACCAAGGGUCUCCCUCCGGUCCUCACGAAGAUCAGGGAAGAGAGCUCCAACCGAUUCCUCCACAACUUGAAGAACUACCGCCAGGAUAUCUACAAGAUCAUUGACGACGACACGUAUGAAGUCAUAAGUAAUGGGAAACGGGAAAUUCUUUGUUGACCUUAUACUGGGAAAUUAAGGACUUAAAUUUUAGCAUAGGUUUUGAUGAAGUGAUUUUACUCUCUACGUACCUAGAUAUUAUUUUAUGGAUGCCAAGAUUUUUAUAACUCCCUACAUAAUUUAUGAUUGUAUUAAAAUUAGGUACGUACCUACCUAAUUCUCAAAAUAAUUUCAUGCAGUAUGCUUAAUAAUGUAGUUAAAUAAUCUUGAUAUUUUAGGUCUACUUAAAAGGGUGGAAUGUACUAUGGACGGGUAUAUUAACUGUAAUUAUAAAAUAGGUAUAUCAAUAGGAUAAAUUAGUAGUAAUUUAAUUGGAAUGAAUUUAUAUUUUUACGUAGCAUUAGCGUUAAUAAGUAUUUAGCUAUAAAAUUUAGAUUGUAAAUGCCUAUUUUAGUACAAGUACCUAAACCAGUGCCUUAUCCAGGAAAAAAUAAAGGUCAAGAUUGCUUAUUUUUUUACUUUUCAAGACCAUAAAUCUAGAAGGCCAAAUAUAGGUAUCCAUUUUUUUUCUUGUAAAACAAAUGUAGACUAAAAUUCCUAUGUCGCUUGUUAUUUACAUGAGUUUUACUUGAAAAAAAAAAACUUAGUGAGUAAUAUUAAACUAGCUUGUACACAUAUGGAUAACAACAGAAUAUUUAAAAUAUUAAAUUAAUCAAUAAUAUAAAUCUU